UUUAACAUUUAUUUUCAUCCUGAGGCUUUGUCUGUGAAAGGCAGGUACAACAGAAGCUGAGGGAUAGCUUUGUGGGAGAGCACUUGAUGGCAAAGACACAAAUUCAAGUCUACCCAGUACUUCAGCCACAUUCCUGUGAGAGCUCUGGCCCCAGAUGAUCUUUCCUUCUCUCCCUGGAAAUUCCCCUGAGAAAGUUUAGUCAGAAGCAGAUUUGUCAAAAUAAUUCAAGGAAAUUACUUAAGAGCUGUGAAAUUUUUCUAGCUUCAUCUUACUGAAGCCAGUGGGCUCAAUUCUCCUUUUGCUUGUGCAUCAGCAUUGCAGAUUGCAUGGGCGUGAGGGGAAACCUGACGGUGGUGUGUGUGUGUGUGUGUGUCUCUGCCUCCUCUUCAGGGAGUGUGCAGUGCCUGGCACAACGGCCUCAGAUCGCAGCACGCCUUCAGUCACUACUAGAACAUAAAAUAGAAUAGUCAUUACGAUAUAUUCCUAUUUGCACACAGAGCCCUUGGGACAAAUGAGUUCUAAAGAAGAAAACAAAAGCACUUGUAAAAUUCAAGACUUCUGUUGCUGAAAUGGAGAAGCAAUGAGAAAUGCGCUAGUUUGCAGCGUAGUGUGGCAGUCCUGGGCCCCUGUCCUGCUGUAAUUCAGGACUGAAGAUGGGAAAUGGCAUCGAGCCACUGCGCGUACCACAGACUAUUGGCAGGCAAAAUACAACCCCAGACUUGCUGACCUUCUUUGUCAUAAUGCAGACGUAGGGCUGUAAAUUAAAUGUUUAAAUGGAAGUUUAGUAAAAGAACAAAUUAGCAUAUAUAAGAUACAGCAUAAAAUUGUGCAAUUGAUCAAAAAUGAGAAGGCUUAACUUCUGAGCAAUACCUGAUUUGAAAUCCUACCCUGAAGCAUCUGAAAACAUUAAAGAGGAUUCCUUUUUUUUUUUUUUUCUUUCCCCCAAACUGCAUUAAAUUUACACUCCUCCUUCUUAUGAAAUGUAUGGCUGCAUGUAACACUUCUCGUUAAUCUCUCUGGAACUCACAAAGGGAGGUCACACCAUCAUCACUCCAUCACCAUUUUGAGAAGGAAAGAAACUGGGACCUAAGGAUAUGAACUGGCAGAGCUGGCACACCAGGGGUGAAGCUGGACAGGGAAGCGAGAUGUCCCAUUGGAGUCCAAGCCUGAUUCAACAGGCACCUUCUUGUCUAGCUCUUUCUUUGGUGACAUACUGUCUCCCUAGGCAACUACAGAUUAGAGAGGAGGCAAAAAAAUCUUGUAUCCAGAACUGCAAAGCAGUGACUUGAGCUUGGAUGUAGGGAAAAUGUCAGGGAAAGACAGUGAACUAACAGUUGAAGCAGAGGCGUUGGAGUCAGGUGCUUCAGGUUCUAUUUUUGACUUGGACCAGCCAUUUCACUUUGCUUUGGCUUCCCUUUUGCAAGAUGGAAAAUGAGGAUGCCUGUGGCUGCUUCGUGGGACUGGAUUGCCUUGCUGAGGCCAGGGCUGGCAAAUCUCAUAUUCUGGAUGAUGCUCGGUUGACCUCAGCUUUGGUUCUUCUCUGCUUUCUUGCCUACAUCUCCUUCACUUGCGUCUCUGCUGUGCUUUCCUGGGCCCACGCAGAGGGUACAGAGCAGGGGCAGAGCCGCAAGUGUUGGGGCUGUUGCCAGGUGGGACCCUUUUCUGUUUGUGCCUGAGCCGGGCCCUUCCACCACCGUGUCUGAUGUGCAGGAUCUCACCCGCUGCCCCUUGGGUGACAUGGGGUGUCUGCAGCGCUAGUGAGGUAUGGUGAAUAGAGUCACAACCAUUUUUCCACUCCUGUCCGAAUUUCAAUUUGCAUCAAAAAGAUGCAAUUUCAGGGCAGAGGCACUAGGUAGGACCCUGCACUGUUACAUCUAUAAUGUCAGCUCAGGUACGGCUCCGGGAGUUACAUGCAGAGAGGUGGUGAGGGACAAGUGGUGAUUAUCCACUCAGCCCACCCCUCCUGGCUUUGAAUGAAUGAGUUUUCAAGGCUGCAGGUGUUUUCUCUUUGCUGCAUUCCCCGGAAAACCCCCGGUAAUUGGGGCGCUCUCCUUUUUUUUUUCCAGGAAGCACCGCCAACUCCUCCUGCCCUUCUGUAUCAAUCGAAUUCGCUACCACGUAAAUUCAGAUGUGCUUAGAGAGCUCCUCCGUUCCACAGCCGCGAGGAAGGGAGGAGACCGCAUCUGCGUCGAGCAAAAAGGUCCGUGACAAUGGAAGAUGAGGUCUAUCAUCCAGAAGCCUGAACGGUGAUACCAGGACAACCCUUCGAGACACUGGCAACACAAGCCUGAGAUACGGGAGGCAGCAAACAUGCUGAAGCCAAGUGGACUUAAAAUCCCCGGCAGGGCUGGGAAGCACUCCAGCCCAGUGGGACGGGCAUCAGGGACCACUGCAGCUGCUGUUACCACUGGUUCAAAAGAAGGCUCACCUUUACACAAGCAGGGUACCACCUCCACCGCCAGCGCCGAGAAGUCGGGUUCAAAGGUUGCCGAGGUGGGCGAUGAUUUCCUGGGAGACUUUGUGGUGGGCGAACGUGUCUGGGUAAAUGGAGUGAAGCCAGGUGUGAUCCAGUAUCUUGGGGAGACGCAAUUUGCUCCGGGCCAGUGGGCAGGGGUUGUUCUGGAUGACCCGGUGGGUAAGAAUGACGGCUCUGUCGGUGGAGUACGUUACUUUGAAUGCCAGCCACUGCAGGGGAUUUUUACGCGACCGUCCAAGCUGACGCGGCAGCCAGUGGCCGAGGGCUCGGGGAGCGACGCCCCCUCCGUGGACUCCCUGACAGCUCAGAACUUGUCACUGCACUCGGGGACAGCCACGCCACCUCUCUCCACUCGUGUCAUCCCCCUGCGGGAGAGCGUCCUGAACAGCGCCAUGAAGACAGGCAACGAGUCUGGAUCUAACCUCUCGGACAGUGGGUCUGUGAAAAAAGGGGAGAAGGACUUACGGCUUGGAGAUCGUGUGCUGGUUGGUGGGACAAAGACAGGAGUUGUGCGCUACGUGGGAGAGACGGAUUUUGCCAAAGGAGAGUGGUGUGGUGUGGAGCUGGAUGAACCCCUAGGGAAGAAUGAUGGAGCAGUUGCUGGUACAAGGUAUUUUCAAUGUCCUCCCAAGUUUGGCCUCUUUGCUCCCAUCCACAAGGUGAUCCGGAUUGGAUUCCCGUCAACCAGCCCCGCCAAGGCAAAGAAGAGCAAACGAAUGGCCAUGGGAGUGUCUGCCUUAACCCACAGCCCCAGCAGCUCCUCCAUCAGCUCUGUCAGCUCAGUGGCAUCAUCUGUUGGGGGCAGGCCCAGCCGCAGCGGGCUGCUGACAGAGACCUCUUCUCGAUAUGCCCGAAAAAUCUCUGGCACCACAGCUCUCCAGGAGGCACUGAAGGAGAAGCAGCAGCACAUUGAGCAGCUACUUGCAGAGCGUGACCUGGAACGGGCUGAGGUUGCUAAAGCCACUAGCCACAUCUGUGAGGUGGAGAAAGAGAUUGCCAUCAUGAAAGCCCAACACGAGCAGUACGUCGCGGAGGCAGAAGGAAACCUCCAGCGAGCACGAGCCCUGGUCGAUGGGAUGCAGAAGGAGAAGAUUGAGCUGUUGAACCAGCUGGAAGAGGAGAAGAGGAAAGUGGAGGACUUGCAGUUCCGUGUGGAGGAAGAAUCUAUUACAAAGGGAGAUCUGGAGACUCAGACGCAGUUGGAGCAUGCCCGAAUACGGGAGCUCGAGCAGAGCCUGCUGUUUGAGAAGGCACAGGCUGAAAAACUCCUCAGAGAAUUAGAGGACACCAGGUUAACGACGGUAGCAGAGAAGUCCAGAAUCCUGCAGCUGGAGGAGGAGCUGAGCCUCCGGCGCAGUGAGGUGGAUGAGCUUCGGCAGUGCCUCAGGAGUUCUCACCAAGCAGAGACCCCAGAACAUAACCUUGGCUUGCAGUCAGAAGCUCUUCGGCUACGAGAUCAGCUGCUGUCUGCCAACAAGGAGCAUCAGAAGGAGAGCAGCCAGCUAAAGGAGAAGUAUGAGAAGACAUUAAAGAAGUACCAGCAGGAGAUGGAGAAGCUGAAAUCAGUCAAUGAGAAGUACUCACAGGAAAUUGUUGACCUAAAGCAUAAAGUUCAGCAAGCCACUAAUGAGAACAUGGGGCUCAUGGACAACUGGAAGUCCAAGUUGGACACGUUAGCUUCUGACCACCAGAAGUCUCUGGAGGACCUGAAAGCCACACUGAACACAGGCCCUGACACUCAGCACAAGGAGAUCGUGGAACUCAAGGCAGUGGUGGAGAGUAUAAAGAUGGAGCACCAACUUGAGUUGGAAAACCUGAAAGCAAAGCAUGACAUUGAGACGGCUGUUCAUAUAAAGGAGAAAGAGAGUCUGAAACUGAAGUUGCAGGAGGCUGUGGAUGAAGUGGAAAAAAGCAACAGCAACUGGAAAAUGCAACUGGAAACAAAAAGCAAUCAGCACCUUCUUGAGCUGCAGGAUGUGAAGGACAAGUGUCGAGAUGCUGAGCUGAGGGUGCAUGAACUGGAGAAACUUCAUGGUGAAUAUAAAGAUCAGACACAAGCGAUAGCUUUCCUGAAAGAGCAGAUUUCUUUGGCUGAGAAGAAGAUGUUGGACUAUGAAACGUUACAGAAAACAGAAGCCCAGAGCAAACAGGAGAUCCACAGACUGCAGGAAAAAGUGCUUGUCUUAGAGAACAAGCUACAGUCCAUGGAGGCCCUGCAUCCUUCUCAGCAUGCAAACUGUUUUAUUCCUGGUUCUAUAACUUUGGACACAGAUUUUCAGAAGAUGAUUGAAACUAAUGAUAUUUCAGAAGAAAAGAUAAAGAUGAAGCAGACUAUGGAAGACCUCCAAGACAAGCUGAGUAAAAGAGACAAAGAGGUGUCAUCACUCGUGUCCCAGACUGAAACUCUAAGGGCCCAAGUAAGUGCUUUGGAAAAUAAAUGCAAAAUGGCAGAAAAGAAGGCUGAUUUGGUGUUAAAAGAAAAGAAGAGGCUGGAAGGUGAACUGGAAGCCUUGAGCAAGAAAACACACGAUGCUUCAGGGCAACUGGUCCUGAUUAGCCAGGAGCUACUCAAGAAGGAAAGGAGCCUGAACGAAUUGAGGGCGUUGCUACUGGAGGCCAACCGGCACUCGCCUGGGCCAGAGCGGGACCUUAGCCGGGAAGUGCACAAAGCUGAGUGGCGGAUGAAAGAACAGAAGCUCAAAGAUGACAUCAAGGGGCUUCGAGAGAAGCUGGUUGUGCUGGACAAGGAAAAAUCAGUUACGGAUCAGCGGCGAUAUUCCCUGAUUGAUCCCUCAUCAGAGUCAGAAGUGAUCCGGCUGCAGCAUCGGCUUGUCAGCACGGAGGAUGUGCUGCGCAAUGCGCUGGAGCAGGGCCACCAGAUGGAAAAGCUCAUGGAAGCAAUGAGGCUGUCUUCUGAGAAAACACAGACUGUUGGAAAUUCUGGUUCUGCUAACGGGAUUCACCAGCAGGAGAAAUCCCACAAGCAAGAGGAAAAGCUCUGAUAGAGAAGAGGUGAAGAGGAUCAUUUCACGCCAGUAUCAGCUCCUUGUGCACAGUCAGGAAAAACGAUACCACAUCUGGCUUUAGCACCUCCAAAAGACCAGACACAGUAUUUUCACCUUAAAGCAGGACAAUGUUUAUAAUAUACUAACGGAUGUAAUCAGGACAAUCCUGGAGUCCAGUUUUCCAAGACAGCCGUUGUUCCAGGAGGGAGCAGAAAGAUCUCUUUGGGUUUGGUUUCUUACUUGUAUUGGUUUUGACUGUGGAAUCUGUAUUGCUUGAGCUGCCCUUGUCCCACCAGCUGACGUGGUCUGGGUAACAGCUGCCCCAAACAGUGGCCAAAGUGUCAGCGAGUCCCAGUAACCCCGCAGGAGCUGCCAAGGGAUUUGCUUGUGGUGUUCAGCUCCAAAGCGCGUGCCCAGAGGCUGCACGCUUCCCACAUGGUCUGUCCCUUCCACCCACCCUGCUGUCCCGAAGACCUGCGCAAGCGAGUGAAACCUGCUGGGCUGACUGUUCGUGCUGGCAUGCGUGGGCUGAAAAAAGGCAGGGUGUGGGGACACGUUUCCCUUCUCGCCUUGUAGAAGACAUUGCUGUUCUAGAGCACAGAACCUGCACUUGUAUCAUAGCAUGUUGUGGGAAGUAAUCUGAUUGUAGAGGGGUAUUUAUUUCGUUUCUCACCCACUGCUGUUUGGGGAAAGAGCUGUGGUGGCUCUGAGUUUGAGGACAGACACACCUUGCUCAGGUGUGGUUGGCCUUUCUUGCUGCAGAGAGGUCGCUGUGCAGGCCUGCCGAUGCCCUGGGCCACGGCCAGGCUGCCCGGCCUGCUGCCCCUCACCCAGGUCUGGUUUAUUGGGUCUUUUUUGAGCACAGGACAGCGCAGACAGCUAGAUCUCGGCAUCGCUGGCCUGAGAGCUCUGUGCUGGCUGCAGUCAGUGUAGGGCAGAUGCCUUGAGGAGAUGGUUCCCUCCUUGCCUGUUUAAUUUAACAGCUAAUCGGGGAUUACCUGGCCAUUCUCUGGAGCCGCCUUUGGCUCUUCAGUAUGGUGCCUGUCCCCUGCCACCAGGAAUGGAGGAGGUUAAGAUGCUGCUGUAAGCAUUCAUGCAGUAGUGGCUGGCUGUAUUUGAUGGGUACAGCAAUCCUCUGUGCGUGACCUGAGUACAAGCAUUUGGAGCAGAAGGAAUUCAAGACUGGAGCCCAUGCAGCUCUUGUGUCUGUACACAGCAGUGCAGGCCCAGGCAAGGGUCUUAUUCCUCCUUCUGAAGGCUUUCCUCUUCUCUUGAACUUUGCCCCAUAGCUCCCAAGGGACAGUAGGGUGGAGGAAGGGGAUAAUAUGCUCUUAAAGGGGUGUGAGAGUCCAGUUCAGGUUCACUGUUCACUAUCACAGCAAUAUUUUUACCAGGCUUCCUCUAGUUCAUACCCAGCUCCUCCAGUCUUCAGAAGCUCUUUGUUAUGAUGGGGCACCUAUGAAAGAGAACAAGACAGAAGAGACCACUGAGGGAGGAGAUCUGAGCCAUACCACAGGCAGAUGAACGUCACAGUGUGUCAGCUUUGUUGCUUUUUGCCCUGAUUUCCUACAAAGUUGUGUUGCUACUUCUUAGUGGGUUGCCAGACUCCUGCUUCCUUGAAGGAUGGGCAGGCAGAAGCAACCUGGGAAAGACUUGGGCUCCGUGGCUCCAAUUCUGCCGUAAGGAGGAUGCUGAUGGACCUGGGCCUGUGAUACAACACUGGGCCCUGCUCACUUGCUGCAGAGUUGGUGAUCUGCCUCCAUUCCGAGGGAAGGUGAGAAGGGAAGGCGACUUCAGGGGAGCGAAGCAGGUCAGAAAACACAGCUUAAAUCUGGGGCACGGCAGGGGCAGGCAGAGCUUGGGUUUGAAUUGGCUGGAAAUAAUUCAAGUGGGAUCCCAUCCUGCCUUGUAGAAGUGCUUCAGCUCUUACUAAUCACCAGGAAGAUUGCCGCAUCUAUACCUAGCUCUGGUGGGACUUUCCCAGGGAAUCGUAGUGGUAGACUCCAAAAUCCUCCUGGUUGGCUUAUUCGUCUCUUUGGUGAUUUAGGAAAAUCCCAGAAUCGGUGUCCAUUGUUACAGCCUGCAACUGUGUAUACAUCGCUGGGAGCUGCUGGUUUUAAGGAUUUAGGGCUGUUGUUUCCCAAAGUGCUCCUGUUGGCUGGAUGGUCUCUGAAGUCAUGCCUGCAGCUCCUGCUCCUUUAGUAGGGGUCGUCUUCCAGUGUCACCUGUUCCCAAGCCCAGGGCUGCCCGGGCGCCUGCAGGUGGGAGAGUCCAUUCUGGUUUGUAACUUAUUUUCCCUGAUGAUUCUUCUAGUGACUGGUGACCAGCUGCCUUCAUCUGCAGAGGAAAAAUACCUGCCUUUUCCACCUCCCCUGAUGAACCUUUGGCUUGGCACAGGGUAGGAUUCCUCAGGAGUGGUUAUGGGGACCAUGUAUAUGGUUCCUUCAAUCAGACCCAAAGUUGUCAGGGUGCAGUGGUUUGGGGUGGAGGAGUCUCUGGCUCCUGGCUCCUUCCAGGGACCAUCCCCUGUGAGCAGCUCAGACCUGUGGUCUUCCCAGUCAGCUCAGGUGACAAUGCAGAACAGCAGCCGAUGCGUCAGAGCAGGUUUGAAGUUAGUGCUGAUGGUCAUCUUUGGCUGUAAAUAGCUGUGCUGGUCCCUAAGGAUCAGCCAGGAGCUGAUGGCACUUCUUGGCUUUCUGUGGAGGCUGUGUGGUCUUCGUGUUGCGGGGCUGUACCAAAAGGGGCAGCAAGGCAAAGCCAGGUCCCCUGUGUCCCCACCGCUGUUGGUGUGCAGGUCCGUGGGAGCUGCUCCCCAAACAGGACCAACAGUGUCAACAGGACGUGCUAUCACGUGUGUCAUCUGGGUUUCAGCUCAAUGCUGUACGCAGUGGCCAGGAGGCGUUUGGACACCAACUGUGUCCUCCCUCUCUGAAAUUGGCACAGGCUUCCCAAGGGCACUUCCCACUGCCUGCCCUUCUGAGGUUGUACGGGACCAAACUAGGGACAAACUUGGAAAGGACAAGGAGGAGAUUCCCCAGCCCCUCUAUUUAUUUGUAAGUUUUAAGUGCUAUUUUUGCCUAUGUGGUGGUGUAUAAAGUAUUUCACGAUAUUUGGUCUUACUGGCUUGGUUCUUGGGGGGAGAUUUUCCAAGGGCAUUGGAGCACUGAUGCACCCAUCUCCUGUUGUCGGUCAGGGGCUGGUUCCUGUUUGUGCCUUCUCUUCCCCUUCGGCUUCAGCCUUGCUUUUAUCUCGAUCCCCGGGAGCUGGUACAGGGGGGGCUGUGUUCUGCCCAGCCCCUCUCCCAGCUUGUGCGUGCCAUGCUGCUUUUGCAUCUGGAGCUGAGCCCUGAGCAUCACGCUUCGGAGCAGGGUGCAGGGCGGGGAGCAGGAGAUCCCACUGCUGGAUCCCUCGGCACCAAGGGAAGGACCAGCACCCCUGUUGUGAGACUGGCCCUCCCGGCCAGCUGUGUUAUCCCAACGGUUAGUGAUGCUUUUCUGCUGAAAGCUGAGACGUUAUCCAGUGAAGAAAGUCUUUGAAAUGGAGACUGCUCCAUGUUCAGCGAGUUCUUCUCUAACCCUCUAGACCAAAGGGACAGGAAUCGGUGUUGAUUUGGUGAUUUCAGCUUUAUCCCUCCUACAGCAGCCAGAGAGCUGGAGCAAGGGGCAGCGCGGUGCCGGUGCCGGACCAAACGACAGCUGCCACGUUGCCAGCCAAGGCUUUCCAGCUCUUGCCUACCCCCAGCACCAGCGGUUCCUCUGGCUUGCCAGUACCAAAUGCAUGAGGGUUUCAUUAAAACAAAACGAUGCAAAGUAACACUGUAAAAGUCUUAACAGAAAUUCCAGUACUCCGUUGUUCGGCAGCUUUAGCAGCUCAGCACUAUCUCGUAGGGAGUUAUUAAUACACUAAGAUCCUAUAGGCCUCAUGUAAGUUACCAGAAUAAAGAUGAUACUAGAUGUAUAAAUGGAUGAUAACCUUUUACCCGUACAGUAUGUAUUACAAUUUUGUAGCUUAGUCAUUUUUUGGCUAUCAGAUUUUGUUAGUAUGAUAUAAAAAAAAAAAAAAAAAAAAAGGUUUGACUGCUAAUGUCUAUUUUGUUAUUUGAUUCAUUUUAUUUCUUCCUCUGUACAAAAGCUGUACAAAUCUCAGUCUGUGUAACUACUACAGAUAUGUAUUCAUGUACCAUCCACCCCUGUCCUGGCUUGCUGGUGUGGUGAGCUCGUUACUAAACAAUAAACUCUGUGGCUGAA